CAGUUCUACGUCGACGUCGAUCCUUUCUGUCAAAGUUCUUUUGACCGGCUAUGAAGAGUCUUAUUUUAUGAAGACUUUUAACAAAUAUUUUACUAAAUUUCAUUGAAAGAUAUUGGAUUACGUUAUUAUCAGAGUUCGCUCUGAGUAAUUUAUAAAAUUAUGCAGUCAUUAGGUUUAUCAUUUUUAUUAAUUCUAAGCGUAUUAGCAUUAAGUAAUGCAACUCUUCAAAGCACUAUAGAUUUGUCGCGCCUACAAACGAUACUGCAGAAUGGUAUUAAAAGUAAGGAUGUAGGUUCAAUCUAUUUUGCUGUAAAAGGAUUAAAGCAGUUGAAAGCAACUGUACCUGAUGUCUGUCAGGACCUUAAGAACUCAAAAUAUGAUAUCAAUAAUGUGGAACAUGUGUUCUACCUCACAAAUGCGGCUGCCCUUACAAAUUGUCAGAACAUACUGACACCAGACACCCUGAGGACUCCAACGCAAGUCCUGGAUAAAAAGGAUGCAACCAUUCGGGAACUCUAUUAUGCUGUGUACUCAUUGAAGGCUAUGGGCAAAGGAUCUGUUUAUGAUAAGGAGGAUGCUUUAAAGAACCUUAUUCAGUUGUUGAAGAAAGAUGAUACUCCAGUGAACUAUGGAUACGUGUUUGCACUGUGCGAGCACAUGGGUUGCGGCGCGUGGACAACAUCGCACGCUGAGGGCGUGCUGCUGGCGGCCGACGAGAGCGAUUCUUCCGCGCUGCACUUCGACGGCGGCCUGCCCGUCACCUCGCUGCUACUCACCACCAUCAUCAGGGCAUACAAAGAGCUGAAGAAACCUUUGCCUCUGACUGAGGAUCAACGCUACAAGUUCGCGGAGUACUUACUCUCCCGGCGCUCGGUCAACACCCCGCGGGGAGCUUGGUUGCUGCUCGACGCGGCUCUGGCGAUCGCUGAUACCGACCCUACUCCAAUCAGCAUCUCGGUCAAGGGCAAGAAGUAUGUCACAGCUGACUCUGAUAAUGUCGAAGUGUCUGUCACAGACUUGAUUGGCCGCCCCUUACGAAGUUUGAAACCAGAAGAAGUGAUUGCUCAAUCAGGAACCAGACUUGCUGAUGAUGUGGUAGUCCUCUCCAAGCAACCUUUGACUCAGAAACCGAAAGAGCAAACAACAUUCGUCCUUAACUUAUCCAAAAUUAAGGCUCAAUAUGGUUUGUACAAGAUCGCUCUCAGUGCUGGUGGCAAGACAGCAAAUGUAAAUAUUGCUGUGUUGGGUGAAAUCCAAGUGACUAAUAUAGAAGUUGGCGUUGGUGAUGUGGAUGGUACGACCAGCCCUAAAGUCACGACUGUUGCAUAUCCUAAUAAACUGGGUGAGAGACUACAAGCUGAUCAUUUGCAAAAGGUGUCGUUGAAGUUCACCGUCCGCGACAAGUGGAACAAGCCGGUGCUGGUGCAACAAGCGUUCGUCCGCGUCGGCAGCCUCGCCAGCGACGACGAGGCCAUCUUCGUCGCAGAACCGGACAAUACCAAGGCAUACAAAGUUGAACUGAAUGUCGGGGCCAUUGGUAAGCACUUGAACCAAGCAUCGGGCACGUACACGCUGACCGUGUACCUCGGGGACAGCGCUGUCUCCAAUCCCAUCUCGUGGCUCGUCGGGGAGGUGGCCUUCAAUUUUGGAAAGGACGCAGUUGCCGUCGGCGACACAAAAGCGGGUGGCCGCGCAGGCCCUCUGCCGGAGAUCGCGCACGAGUUCCGGUCGGCGGAGGCGCGGCCAGCGCGCGCGCUGUCGGACGUGUUCGCGGCCGCGUGCGCCGCGCCGCUGCUGCUGCUGCUGUUGCUGUGGGCGCGUCUGCGGGUCAACCUCGGAUACUUCCCUUUCACGCCCAGCGCGCUCGUGUUCCACCUCGCACUGGGAGCUUCGCUGUCCCUGUACGGCGUACUGUGGCUAAAGCUAACCAUGUUUGAGACAAUGCGCUACCUUCUGCCGCUCGGAGCUCUCACCUUCCUCUCCGGGCACCGUCUGCUGCGCCGGCUCGUACAAGACAAGAGUCACUCUCGUUAGGCUCUUGAAUUAGAUCGGCCGAGGGUUCCUUAUAAUAGUUAGGAUACAUGUUCCAGUGUGUUUGGGUGCAAAUAAUACGUUAUCACCCCUCUACUUCGUGUACGCUGCGUCAGCUGAUGACAGUUGACGCCUGUGAGUGCAUCGCGAUGCUACGCGCGUAUUUGAUCUUAUAUUAUAGUGAACAGUGAUUGUAUUUGAUUACAUAGAUAAGAUGAAAUUUAUCGUUCAUAGUACAUUAUUAUUCCACCUAUUUGUCUUUUUUAUUAAUUUAAGCGUAAAACGUAAUUUUUUGGUCACAAUUUCUAUAUUCAAUCUCAAAGACUGACUGGAAACCCUCGACCAUUGCACUAGUUUUGUACUAUUAGGGAUAAAGCAAUUAAAAUUUGGGCCUUGUUUACGGAUAGAUGGAGCUUUACGCUAGCAAAAUUCCUUAGUCAUACCUAUUCACUCGAAACCGAGUAUGAAACUUAAUUUCAUGCGCACUCCUACAAUAUACGGACAGGACAUGCAAUGCUAAAUGUUUUAGUCUCGUAAAUACAUUGUACGCUUCUCGUAAUGUGAAAACCUACUCCAAGCACUAAGCUCUGCCUCUUCAUAAACAAGACCUUGAGUAAUCAUUCUUGUGCAUUCAAAUAUUUAUAGUACACGAGUAUUAUAAAUAGUAUUUUUUAAUGAUGUGCAAAAUAUGUUCCAUGAAUGAGCUGUAAAGAUUAAGGGCUUUUGCCGAAGUGAUGUUUUUGUAAACGCAUUAGCUCUGCACGGGUUUGUUAGUAACGAUAGACAUGAAAAUCCGUUUCUAUAUUCAUUAAAUGUAAUUUUCUUAAUAAAUAAUGUGAUUUGUUAUAAA